GAGAGAGAGAGAGAGAGAGAGAGAGAGAGAGAGAGAGAGAGAGAGAUGGGCAGGUCAAGAAUGGAGGAGACCAGGUGCAGGAGGCACCCAAAGCACCAGUCGAAAGGGGUGUGCCCCUUCUGCCUCCGAGAGAGGCUCUCCGGCCUCCUCGCCUCCUCAUCUUCUGGGACCUACGCCUGUUCGUCCUCGGCCUCUUCGUCCCCUUACUCUUCUGAGUCCGACCUCUCAUCUUCCGCCACCACACCUCCCUACCAUGAUCUUAAGAGAGCAAAGCUUUCUCUUCUUUUCAAGCCAAGAGGUACUGAUCAUGGCGGUCGGUUGGUCGGUUUCAGCGGGCCGCUGACGAAGAGCCGAUCUUUGGCUUUUGCCGUGUUCGGUAAUCGGAAGAAGGAAGAAGACAAGGCCAAGGAGCAAGAAGAGAAGGAGAAAGAGAAGGAUAAGAAGAAGAAUAAAAGAAAGUUUUGGUCUAGGUGGUUUGGUGCUUCCUGGAGGUCAAGGGAGGAUGGUGGUGUUUCAUUGCACUCCAGGACCAUCAAGGAUAAGUCCUUCUCAUUCGUGUGACAGGCUUUUCUUGUACUUUGUUAGGUUUUCAAUUUUAUUUUUAAUUUUUUCAUUUGAUAACAUAACACUGGCCUCCAUUAGUGUAUAGAUCAAGGAAAGAUCAAUGAAUUCUUUGUAUUUUUUUUUUUUUUUUGGUGGUGAGAUCAAUAUGUAAAAUAAUAGUGUUAAUGGAGGCCUGUCUGCAUAUUAUUUUGUAUUAAUAUUCGCAAUUGAAGAAUAGAAAUAAUCUGGGAAUGAAUCUGUCAUACAUGUCAUCAUAUAAUUGGAUAAGAGCCACUAUUUGAC